AUGAUCUACCUAUCAUAUUCAAACAAUGAAUUCAAAUAUCUAAUGAUAAUUAUUCUUUAAAAAAUAUAAAUUGGCCUGUAUUCAAUUUUCUUAUUAAGAUGGGCUGCCACAUAAUAUUAUAUUUAGAUAAAAUAAUAUAAGCAAUUAGAAUUUUAUAUGGUUAAUUUAAAUUAGAUUAGGCAUAUUUUACAUUUGAUGGUAUCGAUUUCUAAAAUUGAGAAUUAAAUGGUUAAUUUACUUAAAUGA